AUGGGUUUGUGUGUGUUCUGGGCAAUAUGGAAGGGGAGAAAUGAUGUAGUCUUUAACAGAGAUAAGUUUAAUGUCAGUGGGGUAAUCCAGGAGGUAAUGCACUGGUACAAUAUGAAGAUGGAAGUGGAUAUUGAUGUAGAACAACCAACAGAAAAUGAUGUGUUAGAGGCGCAGCAGGAGCAAUGGGAACCGCCAAAUGGAGAGAAGAUAAAGAUCAAUUUCGAUGGAGCUGCAGGGAAAAAGGGGUUUGCUUGUGGGGCUAUAGCUAGAGACAGUACAGGCAAAGUCCAGUGUUGCCAAAACAGAAUAGUAGAAUACUGCACUCCAGUUGAAGUUGAAGCGUAUAGUGCAUAA